CACGGAGAAAACGGAACCUUGACAACAUUUUAGAACCCAGAGAAGCUGGCCUUGUCAGUCUUUUUGUAACCAACAUCUGUUUCGUGUCGCGAGGUGCUGCAAAAAUGAGUUUGCCUCAGGUGCUCCCCUCAUCCUGUAUGGACCCUCAUCCCUUUAGAGUAGUUUAUGUGUGACCCCCCCAGCAGCCCUGACCCCUGACCCCAGGAUGGGUAGUGUUGGCAGUGGGGUGGCGGGGGAGCAGGAGUUUGCCAUGAAGUCUGUGGGCACUAGGACCACGCUUCCCCGAGCCCCGCCUCUCUCCCGCAGUUGCCCUGCCGACCGCAGCAGCAGCGCCGAACGUCUGCCCCACCCCCCGGCAACCGUCUCCGAGGGAACGGCGUCCAGCGACGAACGAGGAAGCGUUAGCAUUGGCACCGGGACGGACACCUGCACCGGGACAGACCGGCCAAUCGGCUGUGAGCUCACUUCCACCGCCAACGUAGAGCGCUCGGUUGGGGGCGGGGCUAAUGGACACCGCGGGGAGGGGGGCGCGGAAGGUGCCCGGAGGGGACUGACCAGGACCUCCAGCCUCCUCACAGAGUCAGGACUGACCAGGACCCCCAGCCUCCUCACAGAGUCAGGACUGACCAGGACCCCCCAGCCUCCUCACAGAGUCAGGACUGACCAGGACCCCCAGCCUCCACACAGAGUCAGGACUGACCAGGACCCCCAGCCUCCUCACAGAGUCAGGACUGACCAGGACCCCCAGCCUCCUCACAGAGUCAGGACUAACCAGGACCCCCAGCCUCCUCACAGAGUCAGGACUAACCAGGACCCCCAGCCUCCUCACAGAGUCAGGACUGACCAGGACCCCCAGCCUCCUCACAGAGUCAGGACUGACCAGGACCCCCAGCCUCCUCACAGAGUCAGGACUGACCAGGACCCCCAGCCUCCACACAGAGACAUGGGAGUCAGGACUGACCAGGACCCCCAGCCUCCACACAGAAUCAGGACUGACCAGGAGAUCAACCCUCCCAAGAUCCUGCCCGUGUCUGGGAAACUGGAGCAGAACAGCUCUGGGCUUGUUCGCCCGUCGGCCUUCAAGCCCGUGGUCCCCAAGAGCUUCCACUCCAUGCAGAACCUGGUGGGCCAGAUGGGGGGGGGAGGGGAGGGAGGAGGAGAGGAGAUGCCUGAGGCCUUACUCCUGGACCAGGAGAGCCCAGUAAGGGGCCGGCGGGCGGAGGGAGGCGGGGGGGGGGACCAGGCUGGGGGCCCCCAGGGAGGCAUGUCCGACUCCCUGACCAGCCUGCCCACUUACGCUGCCUCAGGGUCCGGGCCCCCGGCCCCCCUAGUACCCCUGGCCCUUCUCAGCGCCUCUACCAGCCACAUCAACAGGCUGUGCACCCAGGCUGCCCCCCCCUCACCUGGAUACCAGAACGGUGCCUCAGACAGUGGCCACUCCUCCUCGGGGAAAAGCUCCUCAUCCAAUCAGAGGCUGAGCCACCUGGGCGAUGCGCCCGCUCCUCUACGCCCCUCCCCUUCCUCCGAUGACAUCAUCCAGGACCUGGAGGAUAGGCUGUGGGAGAAAGAGCAGGAGGUGAAAGUGCUCCACAUGCGUCGUAACCUGGACCAGAGUGAGGCUGCCAUCGUCCAGGUGUUUGAGGAGAAACAGCGUGUUUGGGAGCGCCAGAUGGAAGAGCUACGACAGAACUAUGCCUCUCGCCUGCAGCAGGUGACGCGGCGCGCUCAGCGCUCCCAGAAUGCACUGCAGGCCCAGAUCACGCGUCUGUCGCAGGACAAGCGACGGCUGCAGGAAGAGAUGGCCGCCCUGCUCGCCCAGAGAGAGGAGCUGGAGAGGAAGUGUCUGGAUUACAGGAAGGAGCAGGCCGACAUCCUGCCUCGCCUGGAGGAGACCAAGUGGGAGGUGUGCCAGAAGGCCGGGGAGAUCUCCCUGCUGAAGCAGCAGCUGCGUGACAGCCAGGCGGAGGCCAGCCAGCGGGCGGGGGACAUGGUGGGGCUGCGGGGGCAGCUGAAGGAGCUGCAGGCGCGGCUGAGGGAGCGGGAAGACGACCUGCUGGGCCUCAAGGACUCCUGCAGCGCCCGCAGCCUCCAGCUGGAGCGCUGCCAGGGAGAGCUGAGGAGGACUCUAAAGGAGGUGGUCCUCCUCAGGGAGAAGCUGGGCGUGUUCGAGGCUGAGGUUCUGGGGCUGAAGAGGGCUCUGGGGGAGCUGGGGGGCGGGGUUGACCCCGUCAUGACCCCGACCUUGGUGACGAUGGGGUUCAUCCAACCCUGGGGGCUCCACUGCCCCCGCACACCCUCCGAGGCAGCCCCCGCACCCCUCAGCUCCGACGCCCUGCUCAGCCUCCAGAGCGAUGAGGCCAAAGCCCAGAGGCAGGAGGCCCAGAGGCAGGAGGCCCAGAGGCAGGAGAGGCAGCAGUGUGAGGAGGCCCAGUGGCGUGAGGCGCAGCAGCGCCAAGAGACCCACCUGCGCCAGGAGGCCCACCUGCGCCAGGAGGCCCACCUGCGCCAGGAGGCCCAUCUGCGCCAGGAGGUCCACCUGCGCCAGGAGGCCCAGUGGGAGGAAAAGCCAGACCUGCGCAGGCAGCUGGAGCAGCUCCAGGGGGCUCUGCACCAGGAGAGGCAGCAGAGGGAACGCCAGGCGCUGAACUUCCACCAGGAGCGACACACCUGGCAGGAUGAGAAGGAGCAGGUGCUGAAGUACCAGGCGCAACUGCAGAUCAGCUACGUGGAGACGCUGCAGAAGAACCAGGUGUUGGAGAAGCAGGUUGGACAGCUAGGGGCCAAGAUGGCCACCCCCCCUUCCUCCUCCAGCUCCCCCCCACCUCCCCCUGCCCUGUCCCCACUCCUCCCCCUGCCUGCCGCUUCACUCCCUGCCCCCAUCGCCCUCACCCUCUCUCCCCCCUGCGAGGAGCAGAAGGGUGCCCCUGCCCUGCAUCAGCUGGUGCCCCCCUGGGCCGGACCGUCCCGUCUGGAGAGGAUCGAGUCCACAGAGAUCUAG